AAUUUUGUCUGCUAUUUUACCUUACUACUGGACCGAAGAGAAAACACUGUAUGCCGGUAGUAGGUAUCUCCAAAUCUUAGUAAAUUUGUUUAUUGCCCUCGCUCCCCACAUUAGCUAGCCCACUUAUCCGUAAACGCGUUCGCGUCGUGGCGCUGAACCGUGCUUUUGCACUUCAGGUUGCAAGUUGCUCCUCCAACCCAAGCCACUUGCACCAACUUCGCCAUUGUUAACCGAAAUGCGUGUGUCGAAUACCAAUCCAGUAUGUCCAACGUCACAACUGCUCGAGUCAAAGGAAAGGAACUCAGCCCAACAGAAAGGGCUGCGAUAUAUGAAGCUCGAAAGUCGGGGAUCAGCCUUUGAGAGCCGCGCACGCACCGGCCGGCCUAAGAAGCUCAAUGCUAGUCAACAGCGCUACCUAGUCCUAAUGAUCAAACGGAACCCGAAGAUGAACUGGGCAGAUAUCCUUUCGAACUGCCCUGUUCCAGUGGCCAAGAAUACUUUACGCCAAGUUCUGGGCAAGGAGUGGCAGCGCAAGUUGUGUUCUAUCAAAGAAAAUAGCUCCGGAUGAAGCCAAGGCAGCCAUACAUUUCGUCCCAAAAUGACAGAGCGAGGGACAGAGUUGUGUUGUUGGGCCAAUUGGGGGACAGCGACUUGUUAGAUGCUCAGGGUUUCUCUUCAAAUCACAACCUUGGAAGCAUUCUGCAGCUGAGGCUCAGGAAGAUCAGCAAGGCGGUGGAACCUCCCCGUGAACUCAUCCAAGAAAAAAACCAUGAGGGUGACUAGUCUAGUGGUCAGGACGCUUCGUUGUGGUCAGCUGCGAAUCCGAAGAAACCCAGGUUCGAUUCCUGGGUCGCCCAACUUUUGUCUCUCCAUAUCUGGAACAGUCUUUGCUUAUAUGCAGCUCCACGGAUUCACCUUUU